AUGGUUCAAUGUAUGCAACAAGACGGGUCUUGGGAGUGUGGGUUCAUGGUGGUUUGGUUUAUGUUCCAGUUUGUUUUAAAGAAGCGAUUUCAUUUUCCAAACAAUAUUUGGACCCAGAUAACAAGCGUAACACAAGAGGAAAUCGACAUGUUGGUUGAAAACAUCAUGACACGGUUUUUUAAGAUGCAACUUGAUUUAACUUCUGCUGUCAAAAAGCUUCAUGUAUUAAGUUCAAAAGAUCUUGGCAAGCUAAUAAGAGAUGCCAAAAAUGGUAUCAUUAAAUAUACUAUAAAUGGAUCAUCUAUUGAGAUAAAUGUGGAAAAUCUAGGAAGACUUCUUGUCCAGCACAUAAAAGAUAUUGUACCAUCACUUAAGCCAGAUGAGCAGCAUUUCAAAAAUUUGUUAAGUGGUUUAAAGUUAUUGCAUACUCUAUGUGAUAUUGCAUCCCACCACUCAACACUUGCGCGGGUUUUCGUUGAAGAUAUGGUUGUACAACAAGAGAUGCUUAAUACCAUAUUUAACAUGAUUCGUGCUCUUAGUCAGUUAGGAAAGAAAAUUAAUGGUCUAAGCCAGAUGGUCCUGUACUCAGCGCUGUUGUCUAAUAGUAUGUAUUUACUUAAAGCCUUCAUUUCGUCAGAGUGGAAAGACAUCGCUGAUGUUCUACUUGCACAUCCUGAGGUUGUCGACUUCACAACGGCAGCUCUUACUGCUGUCCGUUUAACUAUUAAUCUUCUUCAAGCGAAGCCGACAACACAGUGUAUUAACUCUCGCAUGCAGUCCAAUAAUGAAGUCUACUGUCUCUUCCAUCUUUGUGAAUCAUCUGUACAGUUUAUUCAAUCACUAUGCAAACAACUGUUAUUUCGGGAGCGCCUCGUUGAAAAGAAGGAACUAUGUGGAGGAGGUGCUGUUUUUCGGUUGGUUCAAGACACCUUAAACCUGCCACAGCAUGAUGAUCCAAUUCUUGAAAGUGUGGUUAAUAGGCUUAAAGCAAAAGUUUUAUCUAUCAUGCUACUUCUUUGUCAAGCCGAAAGCUCAUCUUUCGUGGAUAUGGCUUCCAGCACCCCUCAAAGCAAGGGUUUUGCUCAGGCAACAGUUUUGAAGGUGAUUGAAGAGCUAGAUACGAUGUGUGAUGGGGAUUUGAAAAGCCAAACAAAUGGACUUUUGCUACUUAAUGCAAUGAAGCUAACAGAAAUAUUCUCUGGUGCUUCUGGAUUCAAAAUUUUCAUAGUCCGUAACUUGACAGAACUUUUGACCCGAGUGCUUUCACAGCCUCAAAGAGAGUUCUUAUCCACUUGGUGUUCCUAUGAUCCUGAGCCUGCUGAAGAGGAGAUUGUUGUGGAUUUUAAUCCCACAUUAGCAGCUGGUCAUGUAUUGGGUUUGACCUCAGAAUUCAACGUCCAACAUUCUACUUGGAGUAACUGUCAGGCUCCUCAAACGCCUUACGCGAUUCAGAGGUCAUCGUUACUGGUCCAAGUUCUAGCCAAUCUCACAUGUUACCCCGAAGAGGACAAUGCUGGCUUUAUCAAUGGGUUUCUCGAGUGCUUGCAAACGGAAUCUUCUGAGUUACCUGGUGGUGCUGCUGACAGAACAGAUGCCGCAAGAAAAAACCUAUGUAUAUAUUUCGAUUUCAACACUUCCUUCAACUGA